AUGUCAGCUGAUGUUGAAGACUGGAUCAAGAAUUGUGACAGAUGUUUAAGACGGAAGACCCCAACGAAUGCUCGAGCUCCUCUUGUAAGUAUUACCAGUACACAACCUUUGGAAUUGGUCUGUAUGGACUUUCUGACUUUGGAAACGUCCAAGGGAGGUUACCAACAUCUUCUCAUCAUAACGGAUCAUUUUACAAGAUAUGCUCAGGCAAUACCUACCCGUAACAUGACUGCAAGAACAACUGCUGAGGCUUUCUAUCAUCAUUUUGUGAUGCACUAUGGUAUUCCUCUUCGAAUACAUAGUGAUCAAGGUGCCAAUUUUGAAAGCAAAUUGUUAAAAGAGCUUUGUUUAAUUUUAGGAAUGGACAAGUCGAGGACCACAUCAUACCAUCCGAUGGGGAAUGGCAUGUGUGAGCGUUUCAACAGAACCUUGCUCAACAUGCUUGGUACUUUGAAUCCUAACCAGAAGAAGGACUGGAAGACUCAUGUAGCACCCCUAGUCCAUGCUUAUAAUUGCACUAGGCAUGAGUCGACUGGUUACUCGCCAUUUUUCCUCAUGUUUGGAAGAGAACCUCGAUUGCCGAUUGACCUUGCUUUUGGAAUUAACACCAAUCAACAACACCAUUCGUUGACGUCCUAUGCAACAGCUCUUCGUGAACGACUUCAGCAGUCAUAUGAACUUGCGACAGAAGCAUCUAAGAUUGCACAAGGACGACAGAAGGGAGGUUAUGACAUGAAGGUGAGAGGUGCAGUUGUACAGCCAGGUGACCGUGUUUUGGUGAAGAUCCUUGCGUUUGAUGGCAAACACAAGUUGGCUGAUCGAUGGGAAGAUGAUGUAUACCUUGUUCUUUCUCAGCCUAAUCAGGACAUUCCUGUAUUUGUUGUGAGAAAGGAGAAUGGUGAAGGAAGACGGCGAACUCUUCACAGGAACCAUCUUCUGCCAAUAGGAUCUUUGCCAGGUUCAAAUCAACCUAGACCUAAACCCAGAAAUAGAGUAGUUGCACAACCAGUUGCAACGCCAACUCGGGAUGAUGAUGAUGAUGAAUCUAUUGACUUAGAUUCCUCACAGGUGAUUGUUUUAGCAGCUCCUAAUGAUUUAGCAAUCAUUAGUGACCAGACUGCUGAGAUAUUUGAUUCUGACUCACAGGUUUCUGGUGACGAUCAGUUGUCUGCUGAGUCAGAGAGUGUUUCUUCCAGUGGUGACGACCACAUACUACAACACUCAGUUCACGAGGACGAUAGUACGGGAGAACGCUUGGAUGAAGAGGUCGAAGAUGGUCUAGACAUAGAAACAUCUAGAAUUGCUACAGCAUCUGAUGAUUCAGAUACGCCACCUCAGCCGGAGCCACCACCUCGUCCUACACCACGACCUAGACGAUCAACAAGAGACAGAAGACGACCCGAAUGGCAAACAUCUGGCGAGUAUGUCAUGAGUCAGAAUGUGCAGCGUCCAGACUGGCAGAAUAAAUGUAAACUUUUGGAACAACUUGCUAAAGUUGGAGUUUUCGAACACAUUAGUGAUGCCGUGUCUAGGGCAAUUGUCUCUAUUGUUGAUGAUAAUGAUAAAUGA